AUGUUGACUUUUGUGAUGUCUUUCCUCCUUAUAGUCCUCCCCGCCGCAGCCACUCUGGAGAGCCAGCUGUUGGCUGCACUGCCAAAUUCAGCAGCUGCGGCAUGCAGUGCAGCUGGCGAUGGGAGCAGCAACUGCUCCGCCAACGUCCGCAGCGACGAUUACCCCCGGACGCUGAGAGAGAUCGAGGCAUACGUAGCUUUAUUAGAAGGGAAGCUGGAAGAGAGAUUGGAGAAACACGAGCAGCAGCAGUGGGAACAGCAGCGCAAGUUGUUUGUCUUGCUGGCUGUGAGCAUUUGCCUUGCGGUGGUGUUCAUCGUGGCGCUUGCUGCUUGUAAGGUGUACGUUCAGUCCCUGCAGAACCAAAUGCAAUGCAGCUUUCAGGGGGAAGAGCAGCGAGGGAUACAGAACAGUUCUGUCAGUGGGAUGCAUACGCCGAGUGUAGGUGGGACUCCUAAGAAGCCAUCGUUACCACGCAGCCACUCCAAGCUGUCUUCAACAGAGGUGCCAGGAGACCCUCCGAAGGAGCGGUGGAGCAACAGCUGGUGGAUUGAGGAUACCUACCCAACAGCCACCAACGGGAAGGCCUUACGUGACGAAUUAGGCGACGAUCAAGAUGUCUGCCUGCACCCUUCCAGUGAGGAUGUUGCAGGAAGAGCGCGAGCUAUCGAGGAUGUGCGGGAAGCAGCAGGAUUGUCGCCUGAGCUACAACAGCAGCAAAAGCAGUUGGAGGCCCGCUGCUCGCUUCUCUUUGAGAGGCUUCACGAAAUAACUGACGCAAGCAGAGCCUUUUGCAGCAGCAGCAGCGACACAGAGAAAGAAUCAACGACGGACCCUGCAACGGUAGGGGAAGCAGGUGGAGCUCAUGGAAAGAUAGCAGCAGCAGAUGCACCAUCGGGUGACACUGUAUGUUUAGGCAGAGAAGGAAGACCAACGCCGCAGUCGGGGCGACAGCGGGGGAAGCGGCAGCUUGUGGCUGACCCCGCGCGUCUAGAGGAGCAGCGGGAGCUGCUGAAGCAGUUGCAGCAGCUGUUCCGCGAAAUCGAUGAAGCUUUCAUCAGCAACAAGCCAGCCCAUGUUUCUGUGAUGAUUCGCUGCUGUAAUGCACUCCUCCAAGCUGACGGGCUCGCAGUACUGAAGGCUUGCGCGGACUGCCAGCCGCUGCACAAGGAAGCACAGAGCAUCAUUGAAAUUGUUGUGCCUUGCAUUUGGGCUACUUAA